AUGCGCUUUUCCAGCAUAGCCAUCAUUCUCCAAAGCGCAAGCAUCUUCUCCACAGCUGUGGCUGGGGUUACUGCACAUCAAAUAGAAGAGCAAAGUAAAUCAUUUGUUUGUGACGGAGUCCCUAUUAAAUUCAAUAAAUUUGGAUAUCAACGAAGUUUAGUAGAGGAUACAACGAGCAUGUUAGUUCCAGGGAGUUUGUACCAAAUAUACAGGGAGAAAUUGAUUCAGGAAUCCGAGAAGGAUCAAAACCAUGGGACUCCUUUGCAAUAUGCAGAUAAUUAUACCACUAACUUAUCUUUUUACCUACUCUCAGAUUUGACAUCAUACGAAAACCAUCGUGCUUAUUUCAUCGUAUUUGACUACUAUCUCGUGUCGGACGGCCGCUAUCGCGCUACUGCUAUAAUACUUAAAAAAACACAGCAAAAUCGACCAGGAUUUAAUGAACAGUUGACAGACCCAUAUUACGAGUUAUGCAAAGUUGGAUCGUUUCGCUGA